AUGGCACAAUUAGAGAUUAAGAAUCAACAAAAGAUCUCAUAUAUUGAUAAGUUGGUAGAACAUCUAUACACUCACGAUUCUGAUCCACCCACUCUCAGGAUUGAGAAGGAAGACGAUGACCUUAUAGUAGAGGUUGAAUGGCACAUGCUUCCCGUGGGACAGGAAGAGGAGUUUAAUUGGGUCAAGCAACGUUAUUUGUUAUCCUAUAAAGUAGAGGGGUUGAAGGACUUGAUAGGUUCCUUUUUAGAUGAUUACACCACAACUAACCUGGAUGCUAAAUUAAGUGAUUAUACCAAAACAGACGGUAGUAAUAUGACAGAUGAUAUAUCAAAUAAAUUAAUGAGUCAUCACACUGCACAAGUAUUUGAUUUUUUUAGUAAUCUAGAGACGGAAUAUAAUGCUAUGAAUGGUUAAGAUCUUGUUUUACAUAGAGCACUGUAAUGCUCUGUGUUUUUUACGAUCAAGUAUACUAACAUUUUGUAUAAGGUAUUGAGGUUUUAUAGUUAAAAAGGAGAAAAUAUGGCACAAUUAGAGAUUAAGAAUCAACAAAAGAUCUCAUAUAUUGAUAAGUUGGUAGAAUAUCUACACGAUCCAUACUAUCGCGGUU